CUCUGCAGGAUAGAGAGAAAUAGAAGCUCUCCCCCUCAUACGAAACUUUACAUAUUGCUAACAUGCCAGGCCAAUGUAGCAGUUCUGGAGCCUUUAUGUCCCCCAACAGAAAUAUGAAUAAGGAUUACUCCAUAGACAACAGUCCCAUUUUAAAAUAUGCUGUCGCAUUGUCCCUGAGAGCCUGCUUUAAUUUGUCAGACCAUGUGUUCUGCUUGGUAUGGAAGCUGCGUUCACUGUGCCCAUAGGUGGCUAGACAAAUGCCCAAUUGCUCCCUGAAGGAGCUUCAUUACGCAGCCUUGACAGCGGCCCCCCAACCCUCCCUCCUCUCACACUGAAACACCCCGAACUGGAGCUAGCAGGACACACACCCAGACACCUGCCUAAUACCUAGCCCUCAGAUAUGUGCACACGAUACACAACACAGCCACACACACAGAUAGAUAAGUCCAUUCGUAUGCACAGACCGACACACAAAAAGCCCCGCCCACACACACACGACUCAGGUUGUCAUUAUCACUUGGAUCCAACCACGAGCACGGCUGACACACCAUCCCACAAACACAUCACUUUUGAACCAUCUUUCCUUGGAUCAAGUUCAAGGUAAUGGAGGAACAGCAGCAAGAGUCAUCAGCUGCCCGUUCCCUUCACUUUCCUAGCAUGCCUCUUAUCUCUGUUUCACACUUCACCCCUGGCCCCCUCUUCCUUCCUUGUGCUUGAAGAAUCCCUUCUUGCUGGGAAAUCCUCUGGUUUCUCAGACUCCUUUUCCAUCUUCGGGAAAAUACCCACUUUCUAGUCCCCACCUUCUUCCUUUUUCGAGUGCAGGUCCCCACCAGAGGAAUCCAAACAAAACAGGAAGCCUGCCAGUGACCCCUGUGGGCCUGAGGCUUGGGCAGGCAGUGGGCGUGGGGUAGAGGCUUCCUGAAUGGUCCCACCGCCUGCCCUUGGCCCUGCCCAGAAUUGUUGGCCUUCAUUAGUCCACAGCACUUAUCUUGGAACCACAGCGACUGACAGAACGGUCCCUGCCCUUCUCUGCCUGCCCUGCGCCCAGCAGUGCCAUGGGGAACUGUGUGCACCCGGGUGUCCAGCUGGUGCCUGAUGAGAACUUUAGUAUGUCGGACUUGGGAGACGAGUUAUGGAGUGAGUUUAAUGAGUCGUAUGAUAUGGACUAUAACAGCACCGACAUGGAAGCAGCAGCCCCCUGCCACUCCUGUAACCUGCUCGACGACUCCUCGCUGCCCUUCUUCAUCCUCGCCAGCGUCCUGGGCAUCCUAGCCAGUGCAGCUGUCCUCUUCGCGCUUCUCAGACCUCUCUUCUGCUGGCAGCUCCGCCCUGACCGGCCUAUCCUGGUACAGCUGGCUGUGGGCAGUGCCCUCUUCAGCCUCGUGGUGCCCAUUGUGGCACCAGGGCUAACAGGGGUCUACAGCAUCCACCUGUGCCACCUGGCCCACUUGGUCUGGUAUGGCUCAGCCUUUGCCCUGGCUCUGCUGAUCGCGUGCCGUGCCUGUCUGGGCCCCAAACUGAGUGCAGGCCAAGUCCCAGGCCUCACCCUGGGGCUCACUGUGGGUGUCUGGGGAGUGUCUGUCCUAUUGGGGCUGCCUGUCCUAGACCGUGAACUUCCCCAAGGACUCUGCACUCUGACAUUCAGCAGGGGCCAGGGGGUUUUGCUGGCCAUACACACUGCAGCCUGUUUUGCCAUCUUCUUCUUGUUGCCACUGGGUUUGUUGGGAACUAAGGGGCUGAAGAAGGCAUUGGGCAGGGGACCAUGUCCCUGGGUUGAUGUCCUGUGGGUCUGGUUCAUUUUCUGGUGGCCCCAUGGGCUAUUUCUGGGAUUAGACUUCCUGGUGAGGUCCAAGUCCUUGAAACUGUCAACAUGUCUGGCCCAGCAGGCCAUGGACCUGCUGCUGCAACUGACAGAUGCCCUGGCAAUAUUGCACUGUGUGGCCACACCCCUGCUCCUAGCCCUGUUCUGCUACCAGGCCACUCGCACUGCCUCACCCUCCCUACCUCUCUCGGCAAGACAGUCUUCUCAUCCGGACAACCUUAGAGACAAAUCCUUGCUCUCCUCCUGCCUGUCAACCUGAAUUAAA